AAAAAAGAAAAGUAAAAAAGUAGAGAGAUUGUGAUCAUAAACCUUGAUGAUUAUGUUUAAGUAAGCAUCUUUGCAGUGCAACCACAUGCAAAGGCUUUAGGUUAAUUUUAAAAGCAGUAGCCAAUUAUCCAAUUUGGUGAUCUAUAGCUAGUCUCAAUCUUCAUGAGACAAACAUAGGUCCCCCUCCUCUGUCUGAUCUAACAACCCAACUCCAAAUUCUGCUUUAUCAGAAAUUAUAUGAAAUCAAUUACCUUUUGGUGCCCAACAACCUCCAUUUUCCUUCAGCUUCAAGGCUCAUCAUCAUUACUACUUUCAAAUUCACAGCUCGAUUACUAGUACGACAUAGACAUAGACAUAAAGACAGAGAAUGGACCCAAGUAGUAUCAACAGCAGCAGAAGAAAGAGAAUUGGAGGAGCCGUUGUUGCUGCAGGUUCUGUUUGGGAAACGAGAAUGCAGAGCGAUGAUGAAGUUUGUAAUAACGCCAUUGUUCUUCAUGUUACAAACGAAGACAAGACUUCUUCUACUAAGCAAAUGACUUUAAAGGAUGAAACUUUAUUAGGUGUUAAUGGAAAGAGACGGACUUGGAAGUCUAGAGCGUCCGAUGUGAAGAACCCAUCAACGCUUGAGAUUGUUCGAGCCAAUUCUCUGAAGGUGACGAAGCCGAGAUCAAUUGGUACUCCUCCGAUGACGCCGAGGAGAUCGUUGUCUAGUAGUGAUUCUAAUGAUAAGAGUCCGAGUGUGUCGGUGGUGGCGAAGAAGGCAAGAUCUGAAUCUGUAGAGGGGAUUGAGAAGAAGACUACUCCGGGUCGAGUUAAGAAGAUCCGAUCGGAGGUCUGCACGACGAUCGUUAAAGCCGGUGAAUUUGAUUCAGUUGCGUUGAGGAAAGUGAAUUCGUUGCCAUCUCCAAAUUCUGAGAAAUCUGAUACGAAAACAGAGCAAGAAGUGACUAUCAUUGAGAAUUCGAAGAUCCCAGAAGAAGUCAAGGAGUUUGGUGUUUGUCAGGAGAUGAUCGUAUCUGCUAAAUCAAACGAAAAUGAGCAGAUUGACAAUGGCGACCAGGAGAUUGGUGAUCAAGAUGAUUAUGAAGAAGAUGGAGAUGAGGAGGAGGAAAGAGAAGUGGAGAAGAAGAGUGUUGAUGUGAAGGAGAUAAAUGUAGCCAAGGAAAACAGAGUUGGUGGUGUUGAGAUUAAAAAGUUUAGUCAAUUUCAAAACAGAACAUCUCCAUCUCCGUCGUCCGUUCGUAAAAUUUCGCCUCCGGUGAUCAAAAGGGCAACUUCUGUUUACUCGGCCCCACCAAAUUCUACUUCAAGCACAGAUAGAUUUGCAGAGCAAGAAGACAACUUUACUCAUUCACAGAGUAAAUUGCAGAGUCUGGUGGAUCUGGUGAUGUGGAGGGAUGUAUCAAGGUCGACGCUUGUGUUUGGCUUCGGAACAUUCCUCAUCAUCUCUUCUUCCUACGCCAAUGAUCUCAAUUUCAGCUUCAUAUCGGUGGUAGCGUACAUGGGACUCAUCUAUCUCGGUCUCAUGUUCGUAUUAAAAUCACUGAUCCACAGGGGAAUGGUGGAGGAGGAGAGACAUAAAGUGGUUGGAGUUAGAGAGGAAGAUGUCAAGAGGAUGCUCAGACUCAUAAUGCCUUAUCUCAACGAGUCUCUGCAUCAACUCAGAGCUCUCUUCUCCGGUGAUCCAUCAACCACUCUCAAGAUGGGAGUAGUGUUGUUUGUCUUGGCCAGGUGUGGCUCUUCUAUCACUCUUUGGAACCUCGCCAAAUUUGGCUUUUUGGGAGCAUUUACAAUACCUAAAAUCUUCAUAUCAUACUCAACACACUUCUCUGCAUACGGAAAUUUCUGGAUGAGGAGAUUCAGGGACGCAUGGGAAUCUUGCAAUCACAAAAAGGCAGUGGCUUUGGCACUUUUCACCUUAGUUUGGAACCUCUCCUCAGUCACUGCCCGUGUUUGGGCAGCAUUCAUGUUACUCGUCGCCUUCAGAUAUUAUCAACAUAAGAUGAUUUGGACAACUGAUCAAGCUGAUGAUGAUGAGGAUGACAAUGAAGAAGAAGAAGCAGAAGAAGAAAAAGAACAAGUCCCUCCUAAACACAAAAGGGCUCCUCCUCAUAUGAUGAUGCCUAAUAAACUCAAGAAAAUUUCUUAAAUAUACUAAUUGUUUUUCCUCCAUAUAUAAACAACAUUUACUAUGUAAUCUCUUUAGUUUUUAGUUACUUCUCUAUACAAAGCUUACAGUUUAUAAUGUGAA